UUAAAAAGGGAAAACGAAAGCCGUCUUGAAUAAACAAACGCUGUUAUUUUUCAUGCCGGCUUUUAAAACACCGCUCAUUGACGGGCACCAUGAAACAACCUGUGCCUUUAUUAACGCACCAAGCCUCUCGCUUAACCCUUGAUUCUCAUAAUUAUUCUAAAACACACCGUGGUGGUCCUACUUCUUUAUGUUGGAAGGGUCAGGAUAUGGGCUACAAUUGGAUUGGUUGGCACACCCACUAUCAUUAGCACAUAUGCCAUUUUCACAUUAGAAUAACGCUAUAGCAGUUGCAGCUGGCAUCACACGUUGUCAUAAUUAUGAAAGAAACCCACUGUGAAAAAGACAAAGUGUAAUGCCAGUCAAAAAAUGACAGAUCGGCAGCAAAAGAUCAGCAGUCACAAAUGACCCAUCUUUGGUUUUUUCGGGAAGCCAGCCAACUACUAAGCUCUUUGAACCAUGUCUGACAACUCACAACAGCCUGCUAGAGCUGCCUCUAUCGAACGUAAAACCAAUGAGACCGAUAUCAGCAUAAAGGUCAACUUGGACUCCAAGAUGGAUCAACAAAUUGACAUUGCCACUGGCAUUGGAUUUCUCGACCAUAUGUAUCAUGCUUUGGCCAAGCAUGGUGGAUGGUCUUUGACCCUCAAGUGUACUGGUGAUUUGCAUAUCGAUGACCAUCACACUGCCGAAGAUACCGCCAUUGCCCUCGGUAUGGCUUUCAAACAAGCUCUUGGUACUCCCAAGGGUAUCAAGCGUUUCGGCCAUGCUUACUGUCCCUUGGACGAAGCUUUGUCUAGAGCUGUUGUUGAUAUCUCCGGUCGUCCCUUUGCCGCCAUCGACCUUGGCUUAAAAAGAGAGAAGAUUGGUGACCUCUCUUGUGAAAUGAUUCCUCACGUUCUCUUCUCCUUCGCCACCGCUGCUGGCAUAACGCUGCACGUGGAUGUUUUGAAAGGUGACAACGAUCAUCACCGAUCCGAGUCCGCUUUCAAGGCCCUGGCCGUUGCCAUUCGCCAAGCUGUCGAACAUACAGGUACCAAUGACGUUCCUAGCACAAAGGGAGUGUUGUAAAAUGGUUUCGACAGAAGUUUACCCUAAAAUAAAU